UGUCCGAUAUUCCAAUGGAUCGAUGCAACAUUCAAUGAAAUCGAUCAUAUUCCAUGCUUGAAUGCCAUGCAAAUGGAACCAUUUUUAAUUGGCAAUCAAUUGUAUGUGGCCGUUGCAAAUUACAUGGACGAACGUCAAAAUAUCGAAACUUAUUCGAACAUCUUUCGCAUCCACGUCAAACGGUGUCGUCUAUCGAUACGAUGAACAAUCGACAUUAGUACCAAUGCAAAUUCUAACCUUUGAUGCGGAAGUUACACAAUUUUUACCGUACUUGGGAGAUAAUCAGGAAUUUGUGCUGUUCGUUUCAAUGAAAGAAGGCCCAACAAAGACAUAUCAAUUCGAUGGCUUCACAUUUUAUGAAACACCAGUCAUAUUCACCGGUGGCUCACUCGGACGCGGCGUUUCGAAAAUGAGAACACACAAAAUAAUAAUGAUUUCUGGGUCAUUGUUGUUGCCAAUUCAAUCGAUCAAAUUGAUGACAUCAUUAAAGCAACCUUCCUUCAUUGCAACCAAUCGAUUGGAAAUGUAUACAAUGGCGGAUUUUCUUGCGAGUUGCGGAGGUCUUUGGGGCUUGUUCAUGGACGUUUCACUCCUCAACAUCAUCGAACUGAUCUAUCACUUUUCCCUUCGACUUUGCUGUACAUUGAAACAAAAACCGUCAACCGUUGCCACUGAUGUACUGUGUUAAGACUAUAGUAGCUAUUUUAUGCAAAUAUGAACAUUUUUUAAAAAAUUUUAUCCAAUUUAAUUUCAUAAAUUUCAAUUUGAUAAUAAAAAAUCGGUUCUGAAUUGAACUUUUGUUCAUUUCAAUUGAA